AUGGAUUCUAUUCGUGAAGUUUGGCACUCCGUAAUCUUUGGGUGGAGUGAACCUACAAUCACCGUUGAUGGGAUUGAUAUUCCUAAACCCCUUGAUAAAUGGGACACAACCGAUUACCAGAAUUCGAGUUGGAACAGCAAAGCUCUAAACUCCCUCUUCUGCUCUGUCACACCUGAAGAAUUCUGUCGAAUUUGCACGUGUGAAAUAGCAAAAGAGGCGUGGGAUAUUCUUGAAACGAUUCACGAAGGUACCACCUCUGACAUUGUAGUGGGGGGAACAGACACUACAGCCACCAUGGUGGAGUGGGUGAUGACGGAGAUCAUGCAUAACCCACCGAUAAUGAAAAAAGUCCAAGAAGAAUUAUCAGGCAUUGUGGGAAUGAACAACUUUGUAGAAGAGUCCCAUAUGCCCAAAUUACUCUACUUAGAUGCGGUCGUGAAGGAAACAUUUCGAUUACACCCUUCACUUCCUCUCUUAGUCCCUCGGUGUUCUAGCCAAUCUUGUGUAGUUGGCGGAUACAGCAUACCAAAGGGCACUAGGGUGUUUUUGAACGUUUGGGCAAUCCAAAGGGACCCUAACUUUUGGGACAAUCCAUCAGAGUUUAGGCCGGAGAGGUUCUUGGGUGACGACAACAAAUGGGACUACACCGGCAACAAUUUUCAGUAUCUUCCAUUUGGAUCAGGGAGGAGAAUAUGUGCUGGCAUUCCUCUUGCAGAGAAAAUGGUGAUGUAUGUGUUGGCUUCACUUUUGCAUUCAUUCAAUUGGCACUUGCCAGAGGGCGAAGAGCUUGAUCUUUCAGAGAAGUUCGGGAUUGUUAUCAAGAAAGAGACACCCUUGAUUGCCAUCCCCACACAAAGGUCAUCUGACUUGAACUUUUAUGCAUAAUAGAGCACAUAAC